GACAUAAAAGUACAAUGUAUCAGUAGAGCGAACAUGACUGUUUUAUGUUUUUCAGGGGUUUUUUUGCAGCAUGUCCAAUAGUCAGAAGGAGGAUGAUUUCUGUCAAAGUGAGUUAAAGAGGAGUCUCCAAAGGCAUCCACCUCCAUCCCGAAGUACAAGACUCUGGCAUGGCUCCUUGCAGGCAGCAGAGUAAGGAUUGGGUUGUAUUUUUGGAAGGGUGUGUGUGUGCGUGUCUGUGUUGGUGUGUGUGUUGGUCGCCUUGUUAGGUCUGCUCAAAUGUUUCCCCCAGCAGGGCCAGUGAGGAUACAGACUGCUGGGUGGCAGGGACAGGGGGGAGAGGGGCUUUUCUCCAUGGCCACCUGGAAAGCCAUGUAAGACAUUUUUGACACAGCCAUAGAAAUCACCCAACAAUAAUCCGGUUCAUUCUUGUCCUCUUUUAUUUGCAACUUUACAACUGAACCUUUUUGAAGUGGGGAAGAGUCUUCACAAGUUCCUGACAGUUGGCAGCAAAAUCUUCAUGGCGACGAUCAGAAAUCUACAAAGCAGAAGAGGUCCACUCAAGUUGAGCACUCGGGAUAUCUCCAAGAAGUUUUGAUGUCAGCUGAGGGUGAAGUGGGUCUGACGCGGGUUUUAAUCUUUAGCCGUGCUACAGACUCCAAAGCUUUGGGUGUGUGUCUGAGCCGAGAUGAGUGGCGGUCGCUUCGAGUUUGAUGACGGUGGCGCGUACUGUGGAGGCUGGGAGGGCGGCAAGGCGCAUGGCCACGGCAUCUGCACCGGCCCUAAGGGUCAGGGAGAGUUCUCCGGGUCCUGGAACUAUGGCUUCGAGGUAGUGGGGGUCUACACCUGGCCCAGUGGGAACACUUACGAGGGCUACUGGUCUCAGGGCAAGCGUCACGGCCUCGGGGUGGAAACCAAAGGGCACUGGAUUUAUAGAGGCGAAUGGACACACGGCUUUAAGGGGCGAUAUGGCAUCCGAGUCAGUGUUGGCAGUGGGGCAAAAUAUGAGGGGACGUGGAACAAUGGCCUCCAGGACGGCUAUGGAACUGAAACCUACGCAGAUGGAGGUACUUUCCAGGGUCAGUUCACUGGUGGGAUGCGGCAUGGCUAUGGAGUACGGCAGAGCGUCCCCUACGGCAUGGCAGCAGUCGUUCGCUCCCCUCUCCGUACUUCCUUGACCUCCCUACGUAGCGAGCACAGCAAUGGCACAGUCCUCCAGCAAGACAUCCCUGUCAUCACCACCACCAGUGCUUCCGAUGAGGAGACACCUGUCGCCAACCCUGCCCAACUAGGACCAUCCCGGGGAGGCUUUGCCCUCACUCUCCAGGUGGACCCAGAAGCAGUGAGACCCAAGAAGAAAGGUCUGUUUCAAAGGAGCUCUCUGUUGGGAAAGCUGAAGAAAUCCAACUCGAGUACUUCGCUAUCCAGUCAGAAGAGCAAGAUCAGCUUCCUGAGGACGGAAUCGGCUUUGAGCUCCAAUGUCAGCGACACCAACUCCACCAUUAGUAUGGGGGACGAGAGUCUGGCCGGAGCAGACGACUUCCCUCCGGUGGAGGCAGACAUCGAUGCCACCACCACAGAGGUCUACAUGGGCGAGUGGAAGAACGACAAGCGCUCAGGAUAUGGAAUAAGCGAAAGGUCUAGCGGCCUCAAGUAUGAAGGCGAAUGGCUGAACAACCAGAGACAUGGCUACGGCUGUACCACCUUUGCUGAGGGCGGGAAAGAAGAGGGCAAGUACAUGAACAACAUGCUGGUGAAGGCUGUGAAGAAGAGAGUGAUCCAACUGAAGGGAACCAAGAUCAAGCAGAAGGUGGAGCGAGCUGUCGAAGGCGCUCAGAGGGCUGCUGCCAUCGGCAAGCAGAAAGGAGAGAUCGCUGCUUCGAGGUCCACCCAUGCCAAGGCCAAGUCAGAAGGAGCCGACCAGGCCGCUCAAGCCUCCAACAGUGAAUCCAGCAUUGCCAGACUGGUGGCCAAAGAGCUCUCACCUUCCUUCUACCAGCCAGGUCCAGAGUACCUGAAAAAGAAAGCGAUGCAGGAGGUCGCAGAGGGAAGUGAGAACACAGAUCCCGCCGUGCACGAGCCACUGUUGGCUGAGGAGGAGCCUGUGCCUACACCACCCGAAAGCCCUCUUAUUAACGAACUAGACCGCUUAAUGCCUGACUCCUCCCCAGGACGAACCCCCUCCCCGAGUCCAGGCAUUGUCAUCAAGGACGAAACUAACCUUCUAAAUCCUGGCAGUUGGAAUGACGACAGAGCCAGUAGAGGCAGUGGCAGUAAAGGUAGCGGUAAACCCAACAGCAGGCCCAGUAGUCGUCCCACAACACCUUCAAGUUCUGUUCCUGCAUCCAACGCACCAGAGGCGGGUAGUGGGCGCAGUCUUACUCGGACACCGAGUCGCCACAGCAGCAAGAACGAGCAGGGAUCCGAUCUGGAGAUCAAGCCUUUGCAGAAGUUUGAUGCAGAGGUAAAAACUUCAGAUGCCACAUCCCAAUCUAAAAGGAACAGCUUUGUCUCCACGGAUGAGGAAGAAAAGCUUCGUUUUAGCCCAAAAGUAACCCGCAGAGUUGCCACCCAUGACUCCAAAGACAAUGAUCUCAAGCCUGAAAGAACUCCAGCAGUCCAUGACCGAGAGCAAUCCUUGGAGAGGAACAUGCCCUCUAGCAAAACAGAGGCAAAACCAAAACGACAACCCAGCCCAACUCCAUCCCCAAAUUCUGCACCCAAACCUGAACCCAAGACAGUACCCAAGCCUGUGGAAGUCAAAAGCAACAACACUAAACCUGCUUUGAAAGUGGAUCCCAAAGCAGAGGCCCGACUGAAGGCCACAGUGUGGAGUUCAAAUAACGAAGUGACUGCAGAAUCUUUGGAGCAGGAGAGCCCCAACACCAUCAUGAUCUGCAUGGUAAUCCUGCUCAACAUCGGCUUGGCUAUUCUCUUUGUGCACAUUUUGUCAUGAGACGUGUGUCACCGCCUCAGCUGCAGGUCACCAUCAGUAUUGGAAUGAGUUGACUUGCCUCCACCACCGUUUGGACUAAAACUCCAACAGAAGUCUGGGUGUCUUCGGAAGCCUUGUGCUGACACAAAGCAGUUCUUCUCAACGUCUCUGACGGUGUGACGGUCAGUCAAGCUGCUGUCUCCAGACAACUGAGAAGCUGAAGGACACCAAUUAGCUGAAAUGGCUGAGUAUGAAGUUGCUGUACUAAAGUGAGGGAGGGCAAGAUGGUUUCGUGUCUUGGUGCUUCUACUGGAGAAGCACUGGAUGCAAGGAAGAAGUCUAUAUACAACUUGGAAUGUCACAGUGUGUCAACAUUUUGCACAAAAGCUUUCAAUAAAUCAUUCUGUACUACCAAUGCUUGCUCUCACAACACCGGAUCUGCCGGUUUAAUUUAUCACAGUAUAUGUUGUAUUUGAAAUAAUUAUUUUUGUUAGAACUUUCUUGUCACUGUGCUAAGCCUCCAACAUGUUCUCAUUCUCAAAUUGUCCAAUACAGCAGCUCAAUCUGGGGCUCUUCAAUUUGAAUUGUAAUGUCAUCAUGGAUAUUGUCUUGGACAACACACAAACAAAAACAGUCUUUAAAGAAGAUGAGGAUUUUUAAAUAACUUUGAAUAAAUCCCACAUCUAUCUAGUCCAGUUACUCUCUGUUCUAGAGAGUAACAGGUUGACACAUUGUUCUGCCGUAUUUGAUGCCUGGGAAUGAGAUUGUGCUUCAUAUGCUGCAAAGACAAAUGCAAUAUUUACUUGAAAUGAUUGUUUCAGUGAUUAGCAAUGUAAAAAAGAUUUUGAUUAGCUGGUAGUUGGAGAGGCAACAUAUCUAUAGCUGUCUGACAAAAAUGAUCUCCUGAAACGAGACCUAACAGAAUAGAAACCAUUUUAGGUUGCAUUUCAGCUUUUGCAUCCUAGAAACAUAUCUGCAGUUGGCAGUGGUGUUAAACACUGUGAAGUGUGAUGUUUUCACUGUGCAUUUGUUGUCAUUCUGCCGCAUCGGAGUUGAUCAACCAAUAAGGGAAAACAAAUAGGAAGCUUAUCAGUGUUUGUGCUGAUUAUGUUCUGUAUGUGCCUGAGGUGUGAUGGUUUAAGAGGUUUCGAUUAGAGUAAGUUAUGUGUGUUUAGUGGGAGACCAGAAAGAAGAAAAUGGAUACAAUGAGUUUACUGAGAACAAUUACUGCAUCUUGUUUGCCUGCAAGCGUGUAAGUAUUCAAUGUUUCUUACAUGGACAAAAAAAAAACUGUUCCGCUGUUCUAAAUCCAGUAGUGCCUGAUGUGUUUUGAAGCCAAAUGAGUUCAUAUUUUGUAAGCAUGAGAACACUUUGUAUUUAUGUGCCAGAUUUAAACAUACACUGCUUGAACAUUUGGCAUACAUUUGUACAACAUGAUAUCUUACCUAUUUCCCGAAGAACUCAGAUUACCUCAUAUUUGUGAGCUGUAGAAUAUUUUUCUCAACUCCAUGUCUUACAUUAAAGGGGAACUGCACCUUUUUGGGAAUUUUUCCCAUCAUCCACAAUCCAUAUCUGAGACAAGAACACAGAUCUUACACUUUUCUGUGCAUUCUAAAGUAAAAAACUGCUAGCACGAGGUGGCUAACAAUACAGGUGAUGGAGACUCACCUAUCCCGCCUAUAAAGCCCUCAAAAAAAAAUUACUAUCUCAUUUCAUACUGUAUACAUGCUGUGAAAAUGUAUGUAUGUAUAUAAUACUUCAGCAUUACGAAAGCUUAUUUAUUAGGCACAUUGAUUUCACGGAGCGCAUGGCAAUGUCACGCUACUUCCGUCAACAACAGAGUAUAUUGUGUGUUCGCUAUAACUAAUCAUGGCAGAUUUACAGAGAGCCCACCAAAAACUACUUUGAGACAAAUAAUCCAGCUAUAGUGAGUGAAACACUAAAAGGUGGUCACAGACUCCCACAUACUGUGAGCGAAGGGGACUCCGCGCAGAAAGUCAGAAAGUCAGCAGUGGCCUGAGGUCCUGGGAGCAAGGCGCUAUAUCACUAUGCCAUAAAAGUAGUCCCCCUUUGUUAUUACCUACUAAUAACAAUGUAGCUAUAUUUUGGUUAAUAUGCAGGUCAAUAUGUGUAAAUAGAGCAUUGUUGGCGAUCUUUUAAAAUGUUUUAGAGGGUUUUACAAUCAAAAUAAGUGAAUCUUACUUGCAUUGUUAGCCGCCUCGUGCUAGAAGUUUUUCACUACUUAACCCUUGUGUGGUGUUCGGGUCUGUGGGACCCGUUUUCGAUUUUUAUUAAAAGAAAAAUGAUACAAUUAAUUACUUUUUCAAACUGAGACUCACUGGCUUUGGCUCAUUUUUUGUGAAGAACAUAUAUCAGAAUACAUAUUUAAUGAACACACACCAUACACCCCCCCUACACAUAAGAUGUCCGGGUCCACUGGACCCGGGGCUAAUAGAAGUGUGGAAAUUGAUGUUCUGUGUACCACACGCAAACACACACACACACACACAGCAGGCCUAGACAGGGGGAGGACAGAGUGUAGGUACACAGAACAUCAGAGGGUCAAAUGUGCGAGAAAAUGAGCGCAGACAGUGUUGACAAACAAUGUUGCAACCUUGUGUGGGAACCGCAGGUGCAGAAACACACAAGAAGAAUCCCUGUGGGAUGCAGAAACUGGCAGAGAAAUUUCAAUGCAACGUUCAUAUUGUUGUUACUCAGCCAUAUUGUUGUUACUCAGCCAGUGUUUGUGGGUCUUAGACUUAGACUUAGACUUAGACUUACUUUUUGUUGUCAUUCAAAUUUGAACUUUACAGUACAGAUAAGAACGAAAUUUCGUUGCAUUAGCUCAUGGUAGUGCAGGAUUAAAAAAGCAAUAAGGUGCAGAUAUAAAUAAAUAGAUUACUGUACAGAUAAAUAUAUUGCACUUUUGCAUAUGCAUCCACGUUUAUGGAUGUAUGUUAUAUUGUCUUUAUAUUCCAGCGAGUUCAUCCAUUUUUGGGGGGAAUUGAGGAGAUUAUUAUGAUGCGUUCAAGAGUCUUACGGCCUGAGGGAAGAAGCUGUUACAGAACCUGGAGGUUCUGCUACGGAGGCUGCGGAACCUCUUUCUAGAGUCCAGCAGUGAAAACAGUCUUUGGUGGGGGUGGGAGGAGUCUCUGCAGAUUUUCUGAGCCCUGGUCAGGCAGCGGCUUUUUGCGAUCUCCUGGAUAGGAGAAAGAGGAGUCCUGAUGAUCUUUUCCGCCGUCCUCACCACUCUCUGGAGAGACUUCCAGUCUGAGGCACUGCAGGCUCCAGUCCAGACAGAGAUGCAGUUGGUCAGUAGGCUCUCUAUAGUGCCUCUGUAGAAUGUGGUGAGAACGGGGAGAGGGAGUUGUGCUCUUUUAAUCCCACGCAAAAAGUGCAUGCACUGCUGAGCUCUUUUUACAAGAACUCCGGUGUGUAGGGACCAGGUCAUAUUGUCAGUUAUCUGCACCCCCAGGAACUUGGUGCUGCUUACCAUCUCCACCGCUGUGCCGUUGAUGAAGAGUGGAGCGUGGCUGGACUGGUGCUUCCUGAAGUCGACGUUCAGGACCAGGUUGUUGGUUCUGCACCAGUCAACCAGAUGUUUCACCUCUUCCCUGUAGUCCAUGUCGUUGUUGUCACGGAUGAGGCCCACUACUGUCGUGUCGUCCGCAUGCUUCACAAUGUGGUUAGUAGUGGACCUGGCGCAGCAGUAAUGGGUCAUCAACGUGAACAGCAGCGGACUCAGGAUGCAGCCCUGGGGGGAGCCGGUGCUCAGGGAGAUGGCACCAGCUGGAGGUGUUGUCGCCCACUCUCACAGACUGGGGUCUGUCUGUGAGGAAGUCAAGCAGCCAGUUGCAUAGGGGGGUACUGAAUCCAAGGGGUCCAGUUUGCUCACCAAGUGCUGCGGGAUGAUGGUGUUGAAUGCCGAGCUGAAGUCCAGAAACAACAUCCGCACAUGUGUGUCCUUUCCUUCCAGAUGUUCUAAGCUCAGGUGGAGUGCAGAGGAGAUGGCGUCCUCUGUGGAGUGUGUAGGGCGAUAAGCAAACUGGUAUGAGUCGAAUGUCGGGGGGAAGUCUGCAGACAACAUUCCUUUACCAGCCUCUCGAAGAACUUCAUUACAGAUGUUUUUUGGGAGAAGGUAAACAUCUGUUCAGUAUUUUAACAUAAGAGUGUUUGAUUGUGAGGCAUUAAAAGCCACAAAAUGCAACGGGUCCAUCAGACCCACAAACACUGGCUGAGUAACAACAAUAUGAACACCACACAAAGGUUAAAAGGUUUGGAAAAGGGAAAGACGUGAGUUCAUGUCUCACAUAAGGAUUGUAAAUGGGUACAAUCCCCCCCAUAAGUGCAGUUUUCCUUUAAGAGUGCUUAGCAUAUCUAAUCAAUCAUUUACCCAGGCAUAAAUGGGGUGUCAAUAAUUUGUUUGCUGUACAUUUAUAAAUUCCAAGACUGGUUCAAACAAAACUGCCCCUUGAUCUUUCAAUUGGAAUAUUUUAUUUUGUAGCCUGUCAAGAUAUUUUUUAGGACAGACAGCCGACAGAAGAACUUAAUGGUGAAUGACACCAAUCAAGUGUUAAUUGUAUGUAAAAACCGUGGUAAUUUAAUAUUGAUCUGCCUGUUGCUAAGCAGCACUGUUUAAUUUAAAGACAUGCAUUUUGUGUCAUCAAAUCUGGCAACAUCAAAAAAAUGUAAUUAAA